UGAGUUCAGUGCUUCGUCUGUCAUCACGUCAUAAUGUGUCUUCCUUGAGUGAGAAACGAAACAUUAUUCAUCUAAAUAAGUAGUGUUUAAUUUUUUAUGUUUGUGUGUGUAGGAAUUAUUACCUCGUGUUUAUUUUCGUGAAGAUUUUUCCAAUACCAUAAAAUAUUAGUACUAUUGUGAGUGUUUUUUACAGAGCCUAAUAUAACUAUGUGGUCCAGUCAAAAUAGCAAUCAGCAAACUAAAGAAAAUGAGGCAAAUAAGCCAUCUACUCUUGGGAUGACUUCUGCCAUAUCUACAGCUUAUCCUAAACCAUCAGAUGUAGUUAAAACGAAGGAAUUAAUUGAAGCAUUGAAACCUUUUGAUUUGUUUGAAUCAGAUCAAGAACUCAAUCACAGACUAGUGAUAUUAGGAAAAUUGAACAUGUUGGUGAAGCAAUGGAUUAAAGAUACAUCUAUUGCCAAAAACAUACCAGAAAGUAUUGCUGAAAAUGUUGGAGGGAAAAUAUACACAUUUGGAAGUUACCGACUUGGUGUACAUAACAAAGGAGCAGAUAUAGAUGCUUUAUGUGUAGCUCCAAGACACAUUUAUAGAGAAGAUUUUUUCAGCACUUUUUAUGAACUACUGAAGCAACAGUCUGAAGUUACAGAUCUCAGAAGUGUAGAAGAGGCCUUUGUUCCUGUGAUCAAAAUGAACUUUGAAGGUAUAGAAAUAGAUAUGCUCUUUGCUAGGCUUGAUCUGAAGGAGAUUCCCGAUACCAUGGAUUUACAAGAUGAUCUUCUCCUGAGGAAAUUGGACCAGAAGUGCGUGAGGAGCUUGAAUGGAUGUCGAGUGACAGAUGAAAUCCUAAGAUUGGUGCCUAAUAUAGAGAAUUUCAGGUUAACGCUGAGAACAAUCAAGCUGUGGGCAAAAAAACAUGGAAUUUACAGUAACGUAUUAGGAUAUCUUGGUGGUGUUUCCUGGGCCAUGUUGGUUGCUCGUACCUGUCAGCUUUAUCCUAAUGCAGCUCCGGCCACCCUGGUGCAGAAAUUUUUUUUGGUGUUCUCCCAGUGGAAGUGGCCACAACCUGUUCUAUUAAAGCAGCCCUCAAGCGUGAAUCUGGGCUUUUCAGUUUGGGACCCAAGGGUUUAUGUACAAGACAGAUAUCACCUGAUGCCGAUCAUAACCCCCGCAUACCCCCAACAAAAUUCCACAUUCAAUGUUUCUGCUUCUACACGGUCAAUUAUGGUUGAAGAAUUCAAACAAGGGUUACAAAUAACCGAAGACAUAAUGCAGAACAAGGAAAAAUGGGAGAAGCUAUUCGAACCAUCACAGUUUUUCCUCAAAUACAGACAUUUCAUUGUGUUGUUGGUUAGUGCAAAUACCGCUGAAGACCACCUGGAAUGGUGCGGAUUGGUGGAGAGCAAAGUUCGUUUGUUGAUAGGUAAUUUAGAGAGAAAUCAGUACAUCACAUUGGCCCAUAUCAACCCGGAAAGCUUCAGUCUCUUGGAAGCCCAGAAACAGCAGAAUCAGCAUUGCAUCAUGUGGUUUAUCGGUUUGGAAUUCGCGAAAUCGGAACAUUUAAAUCUAGAUCUGACGAUCGACAUUCAAAACUUCAUAGAAACCGUCAAUAAGCACGCUCUGAAUAUCAAUAUGCUCAAAGAAGGUAUGGCGCUCGAAGCGAAAAGCGUCAGAAGAAGACAGCUCACACAGUACGUGUCCAUUAGUUUAAUAAAGAGAGAAAGGAAAACAUCGACUAACAAAGUAGAAACAAAGAAACGUCUGUCAGAUACGAAUACUCAAGAGGUAGAGAACAAAAAGUCUAGGUUAUCAACUGAAAUUCAAGGAGUUUCGUGUGAUGAAAGCUCCAACACUUCCGCGACUCUCCAAUGUAACGAGGACUCGAACAGCAACUUUAGUUCAAAUGAAGAAGUAAAUGGGGUACCACCAAAAGCAACAACAAAAAAAACAACCACGACAGAAAAAUCUCAACCGACAGAAGAAGCCGUAUGUACUUGAUAAAACCAUCGGAGUGAAAUUUGAAAAGCGGACAGAAUUAUGUUUUAGGUGGCAAUCAGGAUAUCCUAAAAAAUGGCACCUAAUUCACGUACGUAUCUUAAUUUUAUUCCAGGAAGUAAAUGUGGCGAUGAUCAAGUAGAAUAUUAUCGCAAAAACGUGCAAUGUACAACUCGAUCUAGAUGUGGAUUUGUGAACGUGAAUCAGUGUGCUGAAAAAUUUUUGUACAUAACUACGGCCCAUCCUCUAACCCCCAAAAUAUUUAUGUUUUGUUUUAAAAACUUUUUUAUACUCUUAGUAUUUCAUAGAAGUUAUUCGUGUCUUUUGCUUUGCGGUAAUAUUUUACGGGUGCACACUCAGCAAUCCUCUUUGAUAUUCAGUUUGUUUUAAACUUUUUGUUGUUAUACUAUCGUUAUCAUUUUGUUGAAAAUCCUUGUGGUUGACAAUCUUUUUCAUAUCCAGAUCUAGACAAAUCGGAAUAAAAGGGCCUGACUAAUCAGCAUUCAUGCUGUGUUAAUAACCGUGUUUUGAGAUUAAAAAGAUUCUGUUCAGAUAUCAAAGAAAAAAAUUUGGACUAGUUGUCCAAGGAGAUCGAGUUUCAGCGAUUAAAAGGUACUUUCUAGUGCCUUGAAGUUUCGAGAAAAUUACUGGUAGAGAAAGUUACUGAUGAUGAAACAUCUUUGACUCCUUCCAAAACAUUCAUUCAAUGAUACCAGAUGAAGUUCACUGACUCGGAGAUGAGAUUUCCAAGAAUCGUUUGGAAUAAUUUGAAAUUGACAAACUGAAGUGAAUCAAAUAGGAUCUGUUUUUUGUUCACCCUAAACGUUACAUGCCUCUCACUUGGGUUAGACACAUUACAAGAAAUUUCUAGAGAUUUUAUAUUUAUUUUGUUAUUGUGUUUGUUCAUCAUCAUAAGCCCAUAUUCACUCAUUUUUUCUCUGAAAGGAAAUUAUUGAUUUAUUCAACUCGCUGAUUAGUUCCUUUUUGUUUCAUUUACACGGCGUCUCUCAAAACGGGGAAAGAAAGCUGUUAGAGGUUAUUUUUUUCUGAGAAAUACUAGGUUUACCAUUUAGGAUUAUUUCACAUGUAAAUAUUUAGAUUUUUGACCUGUAAUCCAAAAUCUCUGAAUAAAUAUUUUCCCCAAUA